AAGAUACUAUGGUUACUGUUCAUAGCGGGUUGGUAUUACGACCUCAAAAAAUAAUACUGACUAUAAAAUACCAAACAAACAACAUAUAAGAUGAGUCUUACGUACUAUUUUUCUAAUAUCACCUCCUUAUACCACUCGAAUCAACGUCCCUUAUUGUUUUGUUGGCCCAUUCCAAACGAUAUGUAUCAAAAAGUCACUUUUCCCUAAGUCAAUAUUGAGGUGUGCAUUAGAAGAUGACUUCUGGGCCCCAAAUAAUAAUUUAAACAGCGACUACACAAGAUAUAUAUCACCAAUGAAUCCCCUUUCGACGUAAUCACGUAAUCACGAUGGUUCUUUGUAUCUUCCUUUCUUUCUUUUUUUGGGUAAAUUGUAUUUUACCCAACUGUAGUUUAACCAUUUUGCGCUUCACCCCCUUAUAGUUUAAAAAUCAGCAUUUUCUUCUUUUACACUUCAAUCACGGAAUCACAUCAUAAUUGCAACUGUUAGUUUUUCCAUUCAAAUUAACGGAAAUUGUAGUACACGCACCAAUAUCAAACUUUGAAGUCAAAAUUAAAUUAAAAUAUCAAAAGACAACUGUAACCUUAUAAAGUUUAUCUAAACACAAAAAUAAACAUCUCCUUCAAACAGUCAACAUCUUGUCCCUCUUGCUUGAUUUGUUUUCAACUAAGACUUUUCGAAAUGGAAAUGGGGGCGGCAGCAUGGAAGAAAUGGUGAUUAUGUGAUUCAGUGAUUGUAGCGUAAAAGAAGAAAAUGACAGGGAAGAGAAGAUAAAGCUUGUUCAGAUGACAUAGAGGGGAUAAUGGUCUUUUCUCCAUCGCCGUUGACAGUGUUAGUAGUGCAGUUUAGUCCAAAAUCAUACAGGGGUUAUGUGCUGAUUUUUGAACCACAGGAGGGUGAAGUGCAAAAUGGCCAAACCACAACGGGGUAAGAUGGAUUUUACUCUUUUGCCUUUUCUGGCCAGUGGUCUUUGUAUCUUCUCAAAGCUCUAUAAAAGGUGGACAUGGCUCUCAAAAUCACACCAUUCCCUCUCAAAACCAAACCUCUCAAUAACUUCUUAGUUCUCUCUCUCUCUCUCUCUCUCUCUCUCUCUCUCUGUGUUGCUAUAGGGUUUUGGUUCAUCAAAUCCAGGAAACUAAGAGGAUGAAGCAAAAGGUGGUGAUUAGCGUGUCAAUGAAUGGCCAGAAAUCUCGUUCCAAGGCCAUGAAGAUCGCCGUUGGUGUCUCAGGGGUAGAGUCUGCAGCCUUAAAGGGGCAGGAAAAGAACCAGAUAGAGGUGGUCGGAGAAAGUAUUGACGCGGUGGUGCUCACCUCGUUGCUGCGGAAGAACGUUGGCUCCGCGGACCUGGUUAGCGUUAGCGCGGUGGGUGGUGAACCAAAUAAAGAGACCCCCGCGAAAAAGAACGAGGCCACGCCACAGCCUCCGGCUUGGUAUUGGCAGUACCCUCCUGUGCCCCAGUACCAAAUUUAUCAGACUGACCCAACCUGCACCAUUAUGUGACUUCACAAGUUGGGUGUUGAUCGGAAGUGGUUGUACGGAGAGGGAGUUUAUCGAUUCUCUGCUGCCAUGCCGAUGCCAGUGGCUGAGGCUCAGUACUGUUAGUUUUGGAAGUCCAUAACUUGCUACUUAGCUCUACUCGGUGUUGUUGAAGUAUGCAACUCUUAGCAUUCGUUUUGGAAUAAUACUAUAGCUGUAAAGAUGUUCCAAUAUAAAUAGAAAGAGAAAAGAGGUUUAAUUUGGAAAUCUCAAUUCAGCAUUGAAUGAAGUUUUGUAUUAAUCCAAAGAUCCGAUCUUACAAUUAAGAUCUUCAAUUAGGUUACAAGUAAUGUUAAUA